AUGGGGAAGCCAGGCCGGAAUAACGUGAAUAGAACCCUUGAGAGUCUUUUAGACAUAGACAAAUCAGUAGCAGCUGUCGGCAAGAACAACAGGGUGCCACCUGUGCCGGUCCAGAAGGCGAUUCCAGGCCACGGCCUUGAGUUCAGUAACCUCUCUUACAGUGUCAUGAAGAAACAAAAGAAAGAUGGAGUAUGGAUCAAGAAAGAGGCCUAUCUUCUCAAUGAUAUAUCGGGGCAGGCUAUGAGGGGCGAGAUCAUGGCCAUCAUGGGGCCUAGUGGUGCUGGAAAAUCCACGUUUCUUGAUGGCUUGGCAGGUCGGAUUGCACAAGGAAGUCUUGAAGGUUCUGUUAGAAUCGAUGGAAAGCCGGUGACUGCAAGCUACAUGAAGAUGAUUUCAUCAUAUGUGUUGCAAGAUGACCAGCUGUUUCCCAUGUUGACGGUUCACGAAACCUUUAUGUUUGCAGCAGAAGUGAGGCUCCCUCCCUCCAUUUCCAGGGAGGAGAAGAAAAAGCGAGUGACUGAGCUGCUUGAUCAGCUAGGCCUAGAGAGCGCAGCGCAUACGUACAUCGGUGAUGAAGGAAGGAGAGGGGUGUCCGGAGGAGAGCGGCGGAGGGUGUCUAUUGGCAUCGAUAUUAUUCAUAAGCCAUCUCUACUGUUCCUCGAUGAACCAACAUCAGGUCUUGACUCCACAAGUGCUUACAGCGUGGUGGAAAAGGUGAAGGAAAUCGCUCGAGGAGGCAGCAUCGUCCUCCUGACCAUCCACCAACCUUCCUACAGAAUUCAAUUGCUCUUAGACCGCAUAACCGUUCUAGCAAGGGGUAGACUUGUAUAUAUAGGAAGCCUAGGCUCUCUCCCUGCUCACCUUUCUGGAUUCGGCAGGCCAGUUCCUGAUGGUGAGAACAGUGUGGAAUAUCUUCUAGAUGUUAUCAAGGAGUACGAUGAAUCAACCGUGGGACUUGACCCUAUUGUGCUGUACCAACGUGAUGGUAUCAAACCUGAUCAAGCUGCCAGGACUCCAGAUCCAAAAACACCAAGGACUCCCUACAUGAAAACGCCUGGAUCCAGGCACGCUAUUAGCCUUCAUAGCCAUGCUUUCUCUAUUGGCCAUGGAACAUCUCGAUCAGAGUCUGGCCAAUUUGAUUACGCUGAUGAUGAUGAAGAAGAUGAGGAUGAAUUUGACUACUCUCUGCAACGAAGAGCUGCCCAGAGGUCCCAGACACCAAUGAGUAUGCAGAGUGGUGUCUAUAAUCCACGAUUGGCAUCUCAUUUCUACAAAGAUUUCUCGAUGUGGGUCUACCGUGGUGUCACUGGAACUGCUCGUCGUACACCAUCGUGGACUCCAGCUAGAACUCCGGGACAAACACCUGCUAAAACGCCAAGUUCUGGAGCAAGAAGUUAUGUUUCAGGCCGAUAUCCAACGCCUCAACAACCACCUUCUCGCCACAAAGCCCCGGUAGUUUUAAGCCCAUCUCUAGACCCGUACGCUUCUUCUUAUGAAGAGUUCGAUAUGGAUGAAGAAGUGCUAGAUGAACCAGAGCAUGGACCCAAGUUUGCAAAUCCAUGGCUCCGAGAGAUUGCAGUUCUGUCAUGGCGCACAGCUCUUAAUGUGGUUCGAACUCCAGAACUCUUCCUUUCACGUGAGAUAGUGUUGACAGUCAUGGCAAUCAUUCUAUCCUCACUCUUCAGGAACUUGAGUCACUAUGAUUUCCAAACAGUGAACCGGCUUCUCAAUUUCUACAUCUUUGCAAUUUGCUUAGUGUUCUUCUCCUCUAACGAUGCUGUCCCAACGUUCAUUCAAGAAAGAUUCAUCUUCAUUCGGGAGACCUCCCACAAUGCCUACCGUGCUUCAUCUUAUGUCGUCUCCUCCCUAAUAGUCUAUCUCCCAUUUUUUGCUAUUCAAGGUUUCACAUUUGCUGCAAUCACCAAAUAUUGGCUUGACCUGAAAAGCAGCCUCUUAAACUUCUGGCUGAUCCUUUAUGCCUCUCUGAUAACAACCAAUGGUUAUGUGAUGCUUGUCAGUGCACUUGUCCCCAGUUAUAUCACAGGUUAUGCUGUUGUAAUUGCCACAACAGCACUUUUCUUCCUGACUUGUGGCUUUUUCCUCAAAGGAAGUAAGAUACCCAGUGCUUGGAGGUGGCUCCACUACAUUUCAGCAAUCAAAUAUCCAUUCGAGGCAUUGUUAGUGAAUGAGUUCAAAGACAAGGAUAUCUGCUAUUCGGGGAACCCAUCGGAUCUUUCACCAGGCCCUCUAGGGGAGUUAAAGCUCAGUGAUCUGCAUAAAAGCAACCCGGGUCUUAAAAACUGCAUAAUGAUUGGAGAAGAUGUUCUAUCCUCAAUGGGCAUUAAAUUGGAGAACCUUUGGUACGACAUUCUUAUCUUGCUAGCUUGGGGAGUCCUCUACAGGCUCUUCUUCUACCUGAUUCUCAGAUUUUAUUCCAAGAAUGAGAGAAAAUGA